AUGGCGCCUGUCAGCUUACUCGACUGCCCGGACGAGCUCAUCGACGAUAUCGUCGAGCGCCUCCCGGGAAGUGCCAUCAAGGCUGUCCGCAAAAGCUGCAAGCGACUGAACCGAAUCGCGUCGCCAUACCUUUUCCCUGUCUUGUAUCUCUCCUGCCACCAGCUUGAUCUCAACGUCUUUGAGAUGGUUUCAGAAAACCCUCUUCUCAUCGGUGGCGUUCGCGAACUGGUCAUCGACGACACCACCGUCCCUCUUCCGGACACCAUACCCGACUGGCGCAGCUACCAGAGAAUAGUCACCCUUCCCGAACACCCAGAAGACCGACGUUCUCAUCUUCAGCUGUACCCCGGUGACACUCUCGAUCCUUAUUACAUGAGAGACGAACCUUCGAAAGUAGUCCCUACCAGAGAGGGAUGGGAACUCUUCAGAAUGACCGCCAUGUGGCAUCACGACAACCGCCUGGCUCACGCUGACGUCAGAGCACUGAAGGAAGCACUUCCCCAUUUCAAGAAACUCGAGCGCCUUGUUGUCUCCAACCGAAAUGCCAUCGAUGACUUCUCUGAGGGCGCCCAGAGCCGCGUUUCAGCAAGCCCUGUGGUGCGGAAGUGGAGGCGGUUUCAAACGGAACACGGCCAGAUUGCUCCUCUUGCCCCGAGAUGCGAUUGGCAGGCCAGCGGGUUGGGUAUAUGGGACAGGUCCCGAGUGAACACACUGGACUGGUUCAUGGAGCAUCUCAGCGACAUCAUGUCGAAUCUCUAUUACUUCACACUUGGGAGUGAAGACUUCUUCUCGGAAAUGAUUUUUGUCACCGAAUACCAGUACGCGGCCCCCAGAUCUGAGCUCUUCGCCUUGGUUCGAGAGGCAAGAGUCAUGCAUCUUGCGCUUUUAGUUCUUGAAGAGCCCAAACUACAGUCCCAGCUCACCGAAUUUCGUGUUGAUGCGUCUCACGACACCCUGGUGAACUAUUGCCAGCCCGGCCUCCCAAUCACCUUAUUCGACAAGCAGUCCCCGUUCGUUAAACGACUUGCGACUGGUUUCGCGUUGGCGAAGAAUAUCACCAAGUUUCGGCUCGUUCUCAACAGUUGUGAGAACCACAGGUUUGCCGAGUGGAUCCUCAAAGAGGGCCGCGUCUCCCACACACUUUCAUCUAUGCCUCAGUUAGAAGAGCUCUACCUUGAGCUUCACGGAUUGCCUGUCUUUUCGGCCCUCCCUGACAUGACCUUCCCACGACUGCGCUGUGUGCACUUCAGCUGCGGUCACUUACACCCAGACACACUUGUCGAGUUCCUGGAGCGUCAGGGUAGCACAGUAAAGUCACUCAUCAUCGAGCAUUGCAGUCUCUAUCCGGAUGAUGGCUACGACGGCCUCUGGCCGUAUGUGAUCGAAGAAUUGACCGAUUUUCACGAUGAAGGCAUCUUGAAGCUUGAAGAAGCCAUCAUUGACAAUGUGUUUGAGGGUGUACCGAUCAAUAGCUGCGGAAGAAAUGGGUCCUUGAAGGAACUUGGGGUCAGAUGGACAUAUGACGGAGAUGGAGGGUGGGUUGAACAACGAGACCCUGGGGAGGAGGAAGCAAGCGAGUGA